GCUCUUCGUGGCCGGCUAUGCAGCAUCACCUGCGCAGGCAUUCGUGACGGCACCAUGGCAGGAUCUCCGCGAGCCCAAGGUCGCCCAGCGCGUGUCGCACGGCGGCUACGCCCACGCGAGGUAUCGCAAGGAGCUCCGGAAAAUGACGGAUGAAGAACUCCACGAGACCAUCGCGAAAUCGCGUCGAAUGACGCUGCACCAUCGCAUGGAGAAAUUCCGACGAAAACAGCCGUCAGCCGGCAGCUUGUACGAGUGGCAGUACAAGAUCGCCCUGGCCAAGACCUUCCUCAAGCAGCGAGAGCUUGCUGCAGCAGCGUCAGUCGAUCCUGAGGAUAGCGAGCCGUUGUCGGAAGAUGCACCGGACCGGCCGACACUUGCAAACUGGAUGAAGGAGAACGAGGAUUUGGAUUCGGCUGAGACCGAGUGGUACGCGCGUCCAGGCUGGGGAAGGCUGCGGAACGAGAAGCUGGAGUUUCCCAGAGAGAUCGCCUUCGAGAGGAGGUAUUACGAAAAGUACGACAAGGAGUACAAGACCAAGGCAUCCAUUGGCGUUCCCUUCAACAAAGGGGCGAUCGAUCUCAAAAAAGCACGGAAAGAGUUCCGGAAGAAAGCCACGGCGGCAGAGGCCUUGCCUUCAAAGCCGCAGGUCCCCGCUAUGGGGAGCCUCGCCGGCGCAGCAGUGCUCGCGGGUCUCUGGGGAGCUGCCAGAGGCUGCAACUUCAGCUUAACUUCAGCCAGAACGUGGCAUUGGAAG